GACGGCCUCGUUUCCUUGUCCAUCGAGCGCGCCCGCUCUCUCUCCUCGCUUUCUCAGAUCAUGCUCCCCUCCGCAUCUCCAUAGCAUCUCCUCCUACACAUCCGUAGCUCCUUUGCACGUCGCCUGCGACUCAGAUUGCGCCCCUGACGACAUCAUCACGACCCCGUCACGCCGUUCCCCGCAAACGAACAACCUCACCCGGUCGCGACCCUCGCUAUGUCGCUGUGACCACACGCUGCCUUCCACAGUACCAACCCGAAUACCCCUCCCCGCGCGACAUACCUAUUAUUAAGCACAAUGGAGGCCUCUGUCGACCACGCUCCAGGCACCGUGUCACGAACCUCGUCGACGGGUCCGACUAGUCAGCAGAACUCCCUCGCUGCCCCUAACGGCCCACAGCUGUCCAAAGGCGGCAGUAUCUCAUCGGCACACUCAAUUGCAAGCACUGACAACCCGGGCGAUGGAUCGAAUGGGCCGGCGUUGUCGGGCGAUGGCACUUUGGACAAGUUCAAGAGCCGCGGCUCCGAGGAUGGCCAGCACAGCGAGGGCUCCUCACACCGCAGGAGGAUGUCCAAGCUGUUCAAGGGACGACGGCGACGAAGAAAGUCCGGUACCCAAGACGACCUGUCGCAACUCGAUGCUGCUGGAGAGGUUCCCCCGCUCCCCGACACCAGGCCGCUGAGCAUGGACCCCCCGUUUCAGAGUGAAGAGUCCCUUGGUCUUCACAAGAGUGUCGCAAGUAGCCUGCUCACUGAAGACUCGGAUGCUGAAUCCUCCCCAGCCCGCCCUGGCAUUUCAACACACCAUUCCCACGCGGGAUACUUAACAUUGUCCUCGCCCUUGAUCGCUUCUGAGACUGUCGAUUCUACUGCCUCUCAGAGUGCAGCGCUCGUUGACUCCGCGACUUCCGCCGAAGUACCCACUCCCAUACACGCAAAGACACUUGACGUUGCUGCAAACGUUAGGCGGAGCCCGUCCCCGGUUGGGAAACUUAGGGAAGCAUUUGCACCCACACGGAGGUCCACAUCCCCUAAGACCGGCGGUGAGACGGACGGAGCGAGGCCCAGCACGAGUGGGGGUGGGUUGGGAGCACUGUUCGGCGGCAAGCGACCCAGCUCCAGGCGCGGCUCAAAGGUUUUGGAUGAUAACCUGCCUCUGCACGCUUCGCCACCAUCAAUUCAUGACGGAGCAGAGACUCAAUCUACACCCACCCUUCCUUCAUCCGCGCCGAAGAGGAUCAUUACCCAGCUCCCGGCAACUCCGCCAAAUCUAACUGAGGCCCCUACAACUUUGGUGACCCCGCCUACACCUACCGAUGCAAAGCAAGCGUCUCCCACUGAAUCCACUGCGAGCUCAAAGUCGGGUGCGAAACACGGCGCUUCGCAGUCGAAUCCCAAUAUCGUUACCUCCCCUUCGGGGAACAUGAUAUCGCACCGACGCGUGCGCUCAGCUACAAAUCCCCCAAGUAAACUAUCUAAUUCCAUUACAGCACCCCUUUCGCCUACUAUUGAAGAGGCGAAGACACCUGGUGGAACUGCCUUCCCUCCCCAGUCACCUGGUGGAUUCUUCUCCUCAGUAUUUUCUGCAGCCCAGAACGCGGCAAACACUUUAAGUAGUACUAUAUCUAAUACAACAACGGGAAACAAAAAUAAGAACAGCUUUCCGCAACAGAACGGCGAGGACAAAAAGACGGGCGACGCUGGUGGUGAAGAGGUCAUUGGACCGGAAAACGCAGACGCUACGACAGAGAAUCCGGGAACUGAAAAACGAAGACUUGCAGUUGAGACGCUUGGAUCCGGGAAUCUGAGUUUGGCCCAGCUUGGGAUAUCCGACAGUUCUGAUCCUAGCCCAAUGUCGUCCGCGGUGAAUCUUCCUAUGCAAAGCGAUCAGGCUUCUGCAAAGGCUGAGGAUAUCGCUGCGGCGCAGGCAGUGUCUGCUGCUUAUGCGGCGGAGAAACCUGCAAUUGUUAAUAAUGAACGACCUCGAUCGCUUACUACGCUCUCAGGGGGCACAACAUCUCCACCGCGGCAUCCAGAGGUGACAGAGUCUCCUAGCGCUAUUCAGCGGCAAGGAAGUAUUCGGAGUCGCAUUAGUGGCGGUAGAAAGAGGCGGCACAGGGGAAGCUCUGCCACGACAGGACAUACAAUAGCCGCUGCGAUAGGCGCCAGUACCUCCACUUUAGCACCCCAGGCUGUUCUAAACGGACAGAGGUUGAAUGGAACAGGAUUUGCAGUUGCUUCCCCGAAGAGAAACCGAGACUUCCAUAAUCUGUUCAAGAGUGUUCCUGAAGAUGAUUACCUAAUUGAGGACUACAGUGCUGCACUUCAGAAAGAGAUCCUGCUUCACGGGCGGCUCUAUGUAUCGGAAGGACACUUGUGCUUUUCGAGUAACAUUUUGGGGUGGGUGACGAAUCUAGUUAUCAGCUUCGAUGAGGUGGUGUCGGUGGAGAAGAAAUCUACUGCGGUAGUGUUCCCGAACGCCAUUGUCAUUCAGACACUGCAUGCUCGCAACGUUUUCGCUAGUUUCCUGUCUCGAGACUCGACGUACGACCUCAUCAUUGGCAUCUGGAAGAUCUCACAUCCAAACCUCAAAUCAUCUCUCAAUGGCGUGGCACUGGAUGGAUCCGGAACCGGCGACAAAACCGAGAAGGCCGAAUCCAUUGGAAGUGAAGAUGGCUCUAUCCAGGAUUCCGACGAUGAAGUUUACGACGAAGACGCUGAAGAAGAAGAGGGACUAGGAAGCUUCACCGAAAUGGCAGAUGGCAGUGUCGAAGGUAGCGAAAACGACUCCGUGAAAGUCGAGGGCAGGAAAGCAUCCGCAGUCGUCGCGCAAGCUGUUGGCGGUGGCCCUAGUAAGCUCAGUGACGUUGCUGAAGCAGUUGUAAAUGGCAGUUCGACGGCGCAAGAUUUCCCGGGCGCGACAACACACGGGCCUACGGAGUGUGGUGACUCGGAGUUACAUUAUGAUAAGCUCCUCAUCGAUACUACGAUUCCUGCACCCCUGGGUAAAAUAUAUAGCAUGAUGUGGGGCCCCGCCUCAGGCGUUUUUAUGCGAAAGUGGCUGGUGGAGGAUCAGAAAUCAAGCGAUUUGCAAAUGGAAGACGAUAAAAAGGGCCUUGGUGAAGACCGCAAAACCAUCACCUACUCAUACAUCAAGCCUCUCGGGGGGGCCAUUGGCCCCAAACAAACAAAAUGCAACAUUUCGGCGACACUCGAGCAAUUCGAUCUCGACAAAGCCGUGACAGUAUUAUGUUCGACCGGUACGCCAGAUGUGCCAAGUGGAAAUAUCUUUCUCACAAAGACGAGGUACUGUCUUAUGUGGGGGCCUGGGAAUAGCACAAGGUUAAUUAUGACGUUUGUGGUCGAGUGGAGUGGGAAGAGUUGGUUAAAAGGCCCCAUAGAAAAAGGCGCCAACGAUGGCCAGCUCACCUACGCAACCUCCCUAGCCUCAGCCCUGCGCUCCGCUGUCUCCGCGAAACUCCUCAAAGCACCCGGCAAACCCGGCAAGCCCGGAAAGCGGCGUGCAAAAGGUACACCCGGCAUCUCGGACGAAUCCGCUAUCACUCCUCCAACAGGCACCACUCCUGAAACUGCCGCUGCAGCCAAAGGGAGUAAUUGGGGCUUGUUCGAACCAGUUCGGACGCUCCUUGGCCCCGUAGCAGAUAUUCUGGAGAGUGUGGUGAGUGUGAAUGUGGUUGUGGGAUUUUUGGUUGUAUUACUGGUUUGGUCGUUCUUUUUCCGGGGAAGUGCCCCGCGGAUCUCUCAUGGACAGAUUAAUAUUACGCCCGCCCAACGCAUUGCUGCGUACGAGGAAAUCUGGCGGACCGAGGAAAACGAAUUGUGGAGUUGGCUCGAGGAAAGGGUUGCUAUGGAUCGUGUGCAUGGCGUUGCAGGCGCUUCCUCUCGAACGGGUGAGUCGUGGGGGAAAGUCCAGAGUGGGCAUGAUAUGCAAGAGAGGUUGGGGAGGCAGAGUCAGGGGAUGAAGGAGAGACAGAUUGAUGAGGCGAUUAGGGUUACGGAGGAGAGGUUAAGGGCGUUGAAAAGCGCGGUUAGGCGGAAGAGGGAGGGGGAAAUGUGGGGGACGGAGAGUAAGAACGAGGAGGGAGUUUGAGGUGUGGGGGAAGUGCUGUAGUUGUAUACUAUGGGAACUCCGCUUUUUGACGAUGGCUUAUGUUAAGUUGGGUAUGGGUGUAUGUACGUGUAUGCAUCAAAGGACCGAGGACGUCUCAUAGCAUAGCAUAGCAUGGCGUGGCGUUUCUGGCUGGUUGGGAAGAGAUCCAACCGGUAUGACGGAUGGUGUGGGCUGGCCGAUACAAACAAACAGACCCUGAAGUUUUAUAGCGUUGAUAUCAAAGAAAUAU